CCAAUCUUAUGGAGUUUACUUUCUCUCUCGCUCCUCUAGUCUUCUUCUUUUUAUUCUUCUUCUUUUCUCAUUUUCAUCUACUAUUUCUCUCACUUUCUCUUCUUUUCUCAGUAAACAAACAUCUGUUUGUUGAAUCUUUAAGCUCUGGUCAGAUCCGUGACACUGGCAUCUGAUAACAUAUUGUCAAGAGAUAUAAAAUAACAAUAUUGUUAAUAAGGAGUAAGAACUUGAUACAGCAAUAAUAAUAACAAUAAUAAUAAUAAUGUCAAAAAUGAGAGUAGCUGUGAUUGGUGGUGGAAUUAGUGGACUUGCUUCAGCUUAUGUUCUUGCAAAAGCUGGUGCUGAAGUUGUUGUAUACGAGAAAGAAGAUUGCUUGGGUGGCCAUGCAAAUAAGACUGUUAACUAUAAGGGUGUUGAUGUAGACCUUGGCUUCCUAGCCUUCAAUCCUGCAUCAUAUCCAAAUAUGGAGUUCUUUGAGAGUAUUGGAGUAGACAUGGAGUUAUCAGAUAUGUCAUUCUCAGUAAGUAUAGACAAAGGCAAGGGCUAUGAAUGGGGUAGCAGGAAAGGCCUGUCAAGUUUGUUUGCUCAGAAAGAGAAUAGUUUCAAUCCUUACUUUUGGCAAAUGCUUAGAGAUAUCAACAAAUUCAAGCAUGAUGCACUCAGCUAUCUGGAGCAGAUUGAGAAUAAUACAGACAUUAAUGAAAAUGAAAGAUUAGGACAGUUUAUUGAUUCAAGGGGUUAUUCAGAAGUAUUUCAGAAGGCUUAUCUUCUACCAAUUUGUAGAUCAAUAUGGUCAUGCCCUUUAGAAGGAAUUAUGAACUUUUCAGCUUUUGCUGUACUCUCAUUUUUCCAUAAACAUCAUCUUCUUCAGAUCUUUGGCUGCUCAAAUUGGCUUAUUGUCAAAAGGCAAUCACAACAUUUUAUCAACAAGGUCAGAGAACUACUGGAAAGUUGGGGCUGUCAAAUAAGAACAGGUUGCAAAGUAAACUUUGUUUCUACUUCAGAUAAGGGUUGCCUGGUAUCAUGUGGAAAUGUUUCAGAAGAAAUGUACAAUGGAUGCAUAAUAAAUGUUCAUGCACCAAAUUCUCUAAAAUUAUUAGGAAAGCAAGCAACAUUUGAUGAAAGGAGAAUUCUUGGAGCUUUCCAAUAUGAGUGUAGUGAUAUUGUACUUCAUCAUGACAAAUCAUAUAUGCCCAAGAAUCCGGCAGCUUGGUGUGCAUGGAAUUUCUUGGGAAGUACUGAUACUAAAGGGUGUCUGACUUAUUGGUUGAAUGUGCUUGAGAAUGUGGGUAAAAUAAGUUCACCUCUCUUUUUAACUAUGAAUCCAGACCACGAACUAAAAAAUACAUUGCUUAAGUGGUCGACUAGCCAUCCAAUCCUAUCUAUAGCUUCAUCAAAAGCUUUUCUUGAGUUUGAUAGUAUUCAAGGCAAAAGGGGUAUAUGGUUCUGUGAACCAUACCAAGGUUUUGGAUGCUACGGGGAUGGACUAAAGGAUGGCAUGGUUGCUGCACAUAAUUUACUUGGAGAUAGUUGUGCCACUCUAAGCAAAUUGAAACACAUGCUACCUUCUUUGCUAGAAUUUGGAGCGCGAUAUUUCGUCAUUAGACUUCUUGGACAUAUAAUUUCCACAGGUUCUAUAGUUUUAUUGGAAGAUGGAGGAACUAUUUUUACUAUUGAGGGAGCAAGCAAAAAUUGCUCUUUGAAAACUAUUCUAAAGGUUCAUAAUUUUCAGUUUUAUUGGAAGAUAAUGACAAGAGCUGAGAUAGGCCUCGCAGAAGCAUAUAUAAAUGGAGAUUUUUCUUUUAUUGACAAAGAAGAAGGUCUCUUAAAUCUUUUCAUGAUAUUUGUUGCCAAUAGAGAUGCAACAAACCCUGUCUCAAAAUUCUGGGAGAAAAGAGGUCGAUGGAUUCCAUUUUUACUCACAGCUUGUAUUCCGUCAGCAAUAUAUUUCUUUGGUCAUAUUUUAAGACAAAAUACUCUUGUACAAGCUCCGAGAAAUAUUAGUCAUCAUUAUAAUGUGAGUAAUGAAUUUUUUGCUAUGUUCUUGGAUGAAACAAUGACAUACUCCUGUGCAGUAUUUAAGACGCAAGAUGAAGACUUGAAAGUAGCACAACUGAGGAAAAUCUCACUUCUAAUUGAAAAAGCAAGAAUUGAUAAGAAGCAUGAAGUUCUUGAAAUUGGUUGUGGUUGGGGAAGCUUGGCAAUUGAAGUUGUCAAAAAAACUGGAUGCAAAUACACUGGAAUCACUCUAUCUGAAGAACAACUAAAAAUUGCAGAAGAUAAAGUGAAACAAGCUGGCCUCCAGGACAACAUCAAGUUUCUCCUUUGUGACUAUCGUGAAUUGCCUGAAUCCUACAAAUAUGACAGAAUCAUAUCAUGUGGAAUGAUAGAGCAUGUUGGCCAUGAAUAUAUGGAAGAAUUCUUUGAUUGUUGUGAAUCAGUUUUAGCAGAGGAUGGCCUUCUUGUUUUACAGUUCAUAGCAAUCCCUGACAAACGGUACGAUGAGGUCAGGAAAAGUAUAGAUUUUUUGAAGGAAUAUAUAUUCCCCGGAGGAUGCUUGCCUUCAUUAUAUAGGAUAACAUCAGCCAUGAGAACUGCAUCGAGACUAUGUAUGGAGCAUGUCGAAAAUAUAGGAAGUAACUAUUAUCUAACCUUGAAAUGUUGGAGGAAGAAUUUCUUGAAAAAUAAGGAAAAAAUUCUUGCCAUGGGAUUUGAUGAGAAGUUCAUUAGAACAUGGGAAUAUUAUUUCGACUACUGUGCUGCUGGCUUCAAGUCAUAUACACUUUUAGAUUAUCAGAUCGUAUUUUCGCGUCCUGGAAACAUUGCGGCAUUAGGCAAUCCAUAUAAAGGUUUUCCAUCAGCAUACAACAGAGAGUGAACAGACUUUGCCAACAAAAGGUUUUCCAUAAGCAUACAAUAUGUUUUCUUAUGUAUGUAAUCUUUGCAAGAGGACAAGAAGUCUUAUUUCUAGCCACUGUGCAUUGCGUAAUAGACAAUGUUUUUUGAAUUGAAAUGUGAUCUAAUAAAUGUCAUUUGCAUUGAUUACAAUAA